AUGGAGGUUGCUAAUAACUUGAUUGGAAAAGUCGUGGAUUUGGUGUUCGGACUAGUUAAGCAGGAGAUUGACUACGUCCGGAAUUGCACUGAAAAUAUUAACAAGCUGAGGAAUGAAGCUCAAAAGCUCAACGAUAUGAAGGGCAUGGUUCAACAACGAAUCCAUUUAGCUAAAGAUAAAGGAGAUCGUCUCUUAGAUGGUGUGCAGAACUGGAUCGAAAAGGCCGAAGCUGAAGUUUCCAAGGCCGGGAAGUUUCUUGAAGGAGAAGCUAAUGCCAAGAAGACAUGCUUCAACUUACGACUAUGUAUCCACGAAGAUGGCAAAACAUAUGAGAGUUGUGUCUCCCUUCCUGCUCCAACCCCAAGUUUCGUAGACCUAUACGAACGGAAGAAUCUUGAUGAUAUCAAUACCCACAAGUUUAUUUUGGAUGAAAUCAUUGAAGCUCUCUCAGAUGAAAGCAUACAAAUCGUUGGAAUCUACGGCUUAGGAGGUGUAGGAAAAACAACGUUAGCCAAGGAAGUUGUUGCAGAAGUGAAGAAUCUAUUUGCAGAUAUCGUGUUUAUAACCGUCUCACAAACUGUAGACACUAAAAGGAUUGACAAAGAUGUCGAAGCGGCAGCAAAGCGAAUAAUCAAUGGCGACAAGGUUCUAAUCGUUUUAGAUGACAUAUGGGAGGAACUAUUACUCUCUGAUGUAGGCAUUCCGUGUGGGAAUGACCACAAGAACUGCAAGAUUUUGUUAACGUCAAGAAGCAAAAAUCUAUGUGAAGCAAUGAAUGUGCAACGUAAUAUCUGUGUAAACACAUUGAAGGAAGAUGAAGCGUGGAUCCUUUUUAAACGAGUGGUUGGUGAAAGAUUAGACAAAGACACAAGACUGAAAAAAAUCGCAAAAGCUGUCGUUCAAGAAUGUGGUGGAUUGCCGCUCAUCAUUCAAGUUGUCGGAAGAGCCUUACGAAACAAACCCACUGAUCUAUGGGAGGCGACGCUUGAUCGACUACAAAAUCAUGCCCCUUUAGAUAUUGCUCCUGAGAUAAGGAAAGCAUUUACUCAAUUGAAGCUGAGCUAUGACUAUCUUGAAAGUGAAGAAGCUAAAUCGUGCUUCUUACUAUGUUGUAUGUUCAAACAAGCUGGAUCCGUGUAUUUGACAGAUUUGGUAAGCUAUGGGGUGGGUCUAGCGAUAUUUAGUGAUCUCAUAAGCCUUCAGGAUGCGAGAAAUAGAGUUCAAAUUGCAGUUGACACUCUCAAAUCCUCUUUCUUGUUAUUGCCUUCGGAGAUCAUACAAUGUGUUCAAAUGCACGACGUUGUUCGUGAUGUGGCUUUGUUAAUAGCUUCUAAAGGUAAAGACAAAUUUUUCGUGGCUGUUGGAAAAGGUUUGACUGAAUGGAAACCAAGAAAGAACACCUCAGAAAGCUACACGAAGAUCUCGCUCUUGUUUAAUAAAAUUCGUGAGCUUCCAGAUGAUGAACUUCAUUUCCCACUUCUUGAUACCUUAAAUUUACGAGGCAAUGAAGUUUCAGUUAUCCCCGAUAAAUUCUUUGGAGGCAUGAGAGAAGUGAAAGUUCUAGAUUUGUCUUUGAACCAGAUCUCCUUCCUUCCCCAAUCUCUGAAACUGCUCACAAAACUCCGCAUGCUUGAUCUAAGUUAUAACAAUGGCCUCCAUGAUAUUUCUAUGCUUGGGGAGUUAAAAGACCUUGAGAUUUUAAUGCUUGGAUUUACUGGAAUUGAAAUCAUUCCUGAAGAGAUCGGUCAAUUGACCAGUUUAAGGUUGCUGCAUCUUGAGUCUUGUGAGGAUCUGUCUCAUAUAACACCUGGUGUCUUAUCAAGGCUCACUUCUUUGGAAGAGUUGCACAUUUUAGACUGCGCUGGAGAUUUGGCUCAACUUGGUCUUGUAGAACUAAGUACGUUGAAGUCGUUCAAAAUUCUGUAUUUAUUUGCGUCUAAUCCUGGAUUUUUCUCCCAAGGUACUGCCAACUUGGAAACUUUAACAGACUUUUAUAUUCAAAUUGGUUACAUAUCAGAGAGUAUUUUUGACAUACAUAAUUCUCAUAUACAACGCAUACUCUCUAUUGCGGGUAAUGAGAUCGCAUGUAUGAGGCCAAUGAAGAAACUGAUUCAGACAAGUGAGCAUAUUGUGUUGGACACGAUAGAAGAUAUCGAAAGCAUCCUACCAUGCUUGUAUCAAGAGAGUUUUAAUGAUUUAAAAUCUAUUAAGUUAAGUAAUUGUCCCAAUGUUUCACACUUGGUGAAAACAAGAGAUGGAGAAGCAAUGCAAAACUUUGGUGAAGGGGAAACAAAGGAGAAGUUUUUUGCCCAAAUGGAAGAAAUUAUCUUGGUAUGUCUGAAAGGCUUGGAGCUUCUAUGGGAUUGCCCACAUCAAUAUAUAAGCUUUGGUAGUCUACAAACAAUCAAAAUUAUAGAUUGCCCCUCCUUGGUAAGUCUAUUUCCAGUUGAUGUAGCACAAGGGCUUGUGAAUUUAAGUGAUAUAGAGAUUCAAGAUUGUGAUAAUCUUGAAGUGGUGAUUUCGGCCAAUGAUGAACAUACAACUUAUGGUGAAAUUGAGCAAACAGAAGGCACUGAAACUGAUGCAGAAACCGUGUUCCCUUGGCUUACCAGUGUUACAUUGAGUCGUUUGUCCAGACUCGAGAGCUUCUACUCUGGUCAUUCUGCCAUCAAAUAUCCUUCUUUGAAGUUUAUAAAGGUGAAACGUUGUCUAAGCAUGAUGAGAUGGGGUCAUGGAGUCCAUGAUAUACCUAACAUCAAAUUUCAUGAUCAAGGAAGAGAUUGUUCAAUUAAUGAUAUCAUCCCAAAUCAGGCCAGUGGAGAAAUAGAAUUUGGAAGUCUAAAAUGAUGAUUAAGAAAGUACAUGAUGAAAAUAAUGAAGAAUAAGCUGUUGCAAAAAGAAGGCACUAUCCUUGGGAAGGUCUUGCAGAACAACCAACAGAUGUGAAAUGAAAGAUGUUGAUGUUGCAAGAUACAUAUUGAGUGCCAUGAUUGUGUAUUAUUUAUGAAGUUAUUGUUUGUUAUUUGGUGAAAUAUAUUGUAUUGUUGUAUUGGGAAUUUUGCUUAAAAUGGUAAAAAGAUAUGGUGUGCAGUUGUACUUCUUCAAGGGUUGAACUUGUGAAACUAAAUAGUUGUAGGGGUGCACCUCGUUUCUGUGAAAGUUGAUAAAAGCGUGGAUUUUAACAUUGUUCGGGUUUACAAGUAUGGUUUGGGUUUUACUUGACAACUUUCAACCUGAUAUAUAUAAUGUUGAGUGAAGGC